GCGAAGGUAAUCCCUCUCCAUCCGCGUCGGCAAGAUAACGGUUGUGCACUCAGGCUACAUAAGGGGGCGCUUUGACGUUGGCACGACUCUUGAGAUACUCAGCACGGCGACCCACCAGAAGCAAAAUGGUUGAAGCACUUGUUGGAACCUGGAAGCUCGAGUCUUCUGAGAACUUUGACGAACUUCUCAAAGAGCUCAAUGUAGGCUUCAUGGUGAGGAAGGUGGCUACGAGCUCCAAACCCAACGUCGAAAUCUCGAAAAACGGGGACGAAUGGACAAUCAAGACCAUUUCACUCAAGACCACCGAGAGCAAAUUCAAGAUCGGCGAGGAGUUCGAGGAGCACAAGGCCGACGGCUCCAAGGGGAAAUCCACCUUCACCAUCGAUGGAGACAAGCUGGUCCAGAAGUCUGACAACCAGGGGAAAGAAUACUUCACCACUCGGGAAGUCGAGGGCGGAAAGCUGAAGGUCACCGUUAAGGCUGGGAACGUCACUUGCAUCAGGACCUACGUCAAGGCUUAAACAUGAAUUGAUCGCCCGCGAGUGAUCCCGAAUAAAGAUAAUUUAUUGAAUGGACCUUGAAA